AUGCUUUCUCUGGUGAUUGAAGCACGUCAGCACGUUGUUAUUCUAUAUAAAGGCUGCUCUUUGCUGCUUCGAGGCGUAGUCUCAUCAUCAGACAGAACAGCAGAAAGAGAUGGCAUUUGCUCCUCGCUUGUUGUUGCUCCUGUGUGGCAUCAGUGGGCUGCUGACAGGAAGUAUGAUUGCUGUCCUAAGGGCUGGACUCAGUUGGACAAUCGCUGUUUCUUCUUCCAAAAUGUGGUUGUUAACUUUUAUACCGCAGAGACCAUCUGCAAUAUUCUUGGCGGGAACCUGGCCUCCAUUCACAGUAAUCUGGAAAAUGAAGUCAUCAGACAAGUGAUAUUGCAAGGAGCUGGCUUUACUAGACAUACCUGGAUUGGAUUCAGUGAUGCGAUACAGGAGGGAAACUUUGUUUGGACUGAUGGCUCAGAGGUAGAUUACACCGACUGGGAAAAUGGCCGCCCAAACAAUAGAAAUGGAAACCAACACUGUGCAGUGGUCAACUUCAACAACGUUGAUAACUGGAAUGAUAUCCGAUGCCGGCAGAGGAGACCUUUUAUUUGUGCCAAAGAAUUGAAAUAUUAA